AUGCGCAAUCUGCCACGAAUAGCCUGUUUCCACGGCGGCGGCUCAACCUCGUCGAUCUUCAGCAUCCAAAGCGCACAGCUAUCCGAGCUUCUCGCCAACGAAUUCGAAUUCGUGUUCUUCGACGGCCCGUUCGAUCGCAGCGCCGGCCCUGGCGUCCUCCCCGCAUUCCGAGGCCACGGGCCCUACCAUUCCUGGUUCACGGUCGAUGACACAGGCCAGGAGCUCCCUGAUGGGGGCGGAUUCGGCAAUCGGGACGAGAACGGGAUCUCGCGUGUGUGGAAAUUAAUCGAAGCCAAGGGCGCAGGAGGGGAUUGGGUCGGGGUGAUGGGAUUCAGUCAAGGGACUCGCGUGGCGGGUGGGUUACUGCUUGAUCAGCAACGGAGGAAAGCAAAGGGUGAGAGUAUCCCUCGGGAAUUUGACUUGCGAUUUGGUGUGAUGUGUAUGGGGGGUGGGGCGCCGAUGGAGUCGGAGAUGAGUCAAGGUGCGGAGUCCUCGGAGCUAGUGCGCACGCCUACGCUACAUGUUCAUGGGCUCAAGGAUAUGUUUCUCAUGUUGGGACAGCAUCAAUUGGCGACGUACUAUGACCCCAAGACGGCAACGCUGUACGAGGUGGAUUAUCAUCAUGCAAUGCCGUGGGUGAGGGCAGAGGUGGAUCGAUUCGCAGAGCUGUUUAGGAAGACGUAUAUGAAUACGAAAGGUUGA